UCGAGGGUUUUAGAAGCGACAUCCUUUUUCUCCGCCCGCAAAAGAGAAAGAGGGGAAGACCGAGAGAGAAGGAAGGCUUCCAGAAGGAGAAGAUCGGCGGCGACGAGAGGGAGAAGGGGGGGCUCGAGCUGGUUGUUCUCCGGGGAGGUAGAGGGAGAGGGAAGCGAGGCCUGGCCAGCUGCCGCGGCUUGGGGCCGAGGAGGGUGAGGAGACGGAGGAGGCCGGGCUCGUGCUGGCGCUGGUGCUCGCCUAGGGUUUGGAAGCUUCGGCUGGCUCGGAGGCGUCAAGUGUAAUGGCCACACAGAGUGCUGUUCGGUUAAUUGGAGGGGCAGGGGCUGGUGGCUGGACUAAGGAUUUCGGAGCAUUCGACUCUCCACUGGGAAAUCUUCCAGGAGAAGGGCUGGGGUUUGUGGAGAAUGGCAGUGGGAUUUAUGGGGGCUGGGGGGAAUCUGUCCCAAAUCGAAGUGGAAGCGCACCUCCUAGCAUGGAGGGAUCUCUGGCUGCUCUUGGUAAUCUUAUAGGUCAGCGGAGUGGAAACUUUGACACCAGUUUAGGUAACUUGGACAAUGUGACUGGCAGUUCCACGGCUGAGGAGCAGUUACGUGCUGAUCCUGCAUACUUUGACUAUUAUGGUUCCAAGGUGAAUUUGAACCCAAGGCUUCCUCCUCCACUAAUCUCAAGGGAGAGCCGCCGCUUCAUGAACCGUGUUGGCAAGGUUAAAGAAUGGAGAGUGGUCUCCCAAGAUGACAGCAAUAAAGGCUCCUUAUUUAUACCUCGAUCUACUCUAUCAACUCACAAGGAAGAACCUGAAGAUGAUAAGUCUCCAAGGUUGGAUUCGAGUUCUGCAGAUGAUGAACAGAUGAAUCUUGUGGAUUUUGUGCAGGAGAGCUUCCAGCAGAACCCCGAUUCGUUGUAUGAUAACUCUUCACAUCUAUCAAGCAGCAGUAUUGGUGAUGGCAUAGCUGUCCAUUCUAAUAUUGACUCAUCAAGGAAUUUGCCACAUGAUGUUGUCAAGCCGUCAGGGUUGAAUUCGUGGACACCUGUACCUUUGGCCAGUGUACUGAGAAGUACUCUUAGCAACAAUCUUUCAUCUACAUCUGUUCCCAGUUCAUCAUGUUCUGAUAAUAACCCUACUGUACAAAUUUCUGAGCAACAGCAAGAAAAGCAGAGCAUAGACAUGAAGCCUGGAAAUGAUGUGCCUGUCAGUGGGGCAGUUGUUACUGAACUUGAUGUUGUGGAGUCUAGCAUGAAGAAUUUGAAGUUAUGUUUGGAUAGCCCGACUACGUCACAAGUUAAGCAGCAGUGGCAGGGCAAUUUCUUGCAGCAGUAUGGCUUCUCACCUCUAGUCCAAGGCGACCAUAUGCCAAUGACUCCUCAUGGAGCACAUCUGCCCAAUGUUCCUUUUGUUGACAACGUGUCUCAUACUCAGCUAAAACUACCCACUGGUGACAUGCAGCAACUUUUACCUCAACUUGGUAUGCCAACACCCUUUUAUACACCGAAUUCUUUUGGAAGCCCAUAUUAUCAGAAUUUGCAUCCAGCCAGUGUAUUGGCAAAUCCUUAUGUGACUGCUGGGUAUGCUUUGGGUGGUUCAGGUUUCCCACCCGUUAUGACUAGCUAUUCUCCCCAGAGUUCUGCUGCGACACCUCUAGACAGUCCUAUGACUCCAAGCUUUAGUGGUAGGCCAUCUGGUUUUCCUUCAGCAGGGAAUCUUACUGCAGGAACCGAGUUUGUUCAGCCAUAUAAAAUGUAUGGGCAACUCGGGGUUCCCAUGCAGCCACCUAUUCCCGACCCGAACUUUUUUCAGUUCUUUCAGCAUCCCUCUUUUCCACAGUAUGCUAGUGGAAAUCAAUAUAAUACAUUGGCUCCAAGGGGUAGUGUUUUUGGAAAUGUUGCUGAUAAUUUUGAUCCACGUAAGUUAUUUCCUCAAGCUCAAUAUCCAUCUGAUCAGAGGCUUCAACUUCCAAAAACUGGAAUUUUUAAUUCUCCUACAACCCUAAGAGGAGGAACUGUUCCAAAUUAUCAUGGCAUUUCACCCUAUGUUGGAGCGCCAUUGACUUAUCCAACAAGCCCAGUGUUUCAGGGGCAACCUUUCUCUGGAAUUCCCCCCUCUGGUAGAAAUGAUUCUGCGAGGUUUCAGUCCGCCUCAAGAAGUAUCACUGCUGUUUCUGGGUUUCAAGGGCAGCGAGAAAGGGAGAAAUUUGAUAACCCGAAGGCAUGCACUUUCCUGGAAGAACUGAAGUCUAACAGAGCACGUAGGGUUGAGCUAUCUGAUAUCACAGGUCGCAUAGUAGAUUUCAGCGCUGACCAACAUGGUAGCCGUUUCAUCCAGCAGAAAUUGGAAAACUGCACUGCUGAAGAGAAGGCAGCCGUGUUUGCAGAAGUUCUUCCUCAUGCUUCAUCUUUAAUGACUGAUGUGUUCGGGAAUUAUGUGAUCCAAAAGUUUUUUGAACAUGGAACUCCUGAGCAAAGAAGGGAUCUUGCCGCCAAGCUUGCUGGUCAUGUUGUACCUUUGAGCCUUCAGAUGUAUGGAUGCCGAGUAAUACAAAAGGCUCUGGAAGUUAUGGAACUUGACCAGAAAAUAGAUCUGGUCCGCGAGCUUGAUGGAAAUAUUAUGCGAUGUGUUCGUGACCAAAAUGGGAAUCAUGUUAUACAGAAGUGCAUAGAGUGUGUCCCCACGGAACAUAUUGGUUUUGUAGUAUCUGCUUUUCGGGGACAAGUUGCUAGCCUUUCAAUGCAUCCAUAUGGUUGCCGUGUUAUUCAGAGAGUUUUGGAGCAUUGUGGUGGUGAUUCACGAGGUCAGUGCAUAAUAGAUGAAAUAUUGCAGUCCGCUUGCAUCCUCGCACAAGACCAGUAUGGCAACUAUGUCACACAGCAUGUUGUGGAAAAAGGAAAAAGUCAUGAAAGGGCUCAAAUUAUCAGUAAGUUGGCUGGGCAGGUUGUCACCAUGAGCCAAAAUAAAUUUGCAUCAAAUGUGAUAGAGAAGUGUUUCCAACAUGGAGAUAUUGCGGAACGAGAUCUUCUAAUCAGAGAGAUUGUGGAGCAGACUGACGGAAAUGAUACCUUGCUGGCAAUGAUGAAGGAUCAGUAUGCUAAUUAUGUUGUUCAGAAGAUACUUGAAACAUGCAACGAUGAGCAGCGGGAACUUCUGGUCAGCCGUGUAAAGGGUCACUUGCAAGCACUGAGGAAGUACACCUAUGGCAAACAUAUCGCGAGCCGAGUCGAGCAGCUUUGCGGUGAAGGAGAUGCCGAGUGCGACUCAUAAGCGACGGGAAUGCCUCAACGCCCGGCAAAUUCAUCAGCAAGGAAGAAACCAUAACUUGGAACCGCGGUGCUUCAAAGUGCUAACAAGACUUGGAACUCCAGCAAAGGAAGAUUGUACAUAUGUGACUUUGUUUAGGCAGUGUAGGGAGGUGCUAGGCACAAGGUUUAUUCUGUGCGCACCAGUGUAUCUAUGUUGAUAUGUUAGGGUGUGCUUAUCCACACUGCACUAGUUGGUAGCCGUGUGCAAAAUAUGUAUAGUACCAGUGGUUUGGCUUGUAUGUGUGAUACAUGUGUGUAUCUUGACUGCUUGGUAAUGUAAUGGCUUGGUUGCUUGCUUAAAA